CCACUUCUCACCAUCACAUCUCCAUUCCGAUCAAUUCCUCUAAGCUUUCUUCUACACAAGCUAAUUAAGGUAACAAACAUGGCGAGAUCUUCUGCUUGGCUUUCGCUCUCCCUCAGCUUUCUCGUGCUCUUCAAUGGCUGCUUUGGGCGGCAGAGCUUCCAGCAGCAGAGCCAGAACAACGAGUGCCAGCUGAGCCACAUCAACGCCCUGGAGCCCACCAGCGCCAUCCCGGCGGAGGGCGGCUGGACCGAGUUCUGGGACCCCAACGAUGAGCAGUUCCAGUGCGGCGGCGCCCUUGCCUUCCGCCACACCAUUUGGCCCAAAAGCCUCCUCUUGCCUUCCUACACCAACGCCCCCCUCGUCGCCUAUGUCCUUAAAGGGGCGGGAGUUUUUGGUAUCGUGGUUCCCGGCUGCGCAGAGACGUACCAGCAGUCGUUGGAAGAUGGGUUCCUUGACAAGCACCAAAAGAUUGGAAGCUACAAACAAGGCGACAUUAUUGUCCUCCCUGAGAGCGCAGUUCACUGGUUCUACAACAACGGCGACGACGAAGAAACUGUCCUGGUUGUUCUUCAGCACACCUCAAACGAUGCUAACCAGCUUGACGAUAAUCCUCUCAGGUUCUUCCUCGCCGGAAAAGCGCAACGAAACCCGGGAAGCAGCCAUCAAGGACAGCGUGAACAGCACGGCGGGCAACAAGAGUUGAUGACGGAGAGGCAGAGGAACCAGUUGGGAUACGGCAGCAACAUUCUGGCCGGAUUUGAUGUCCAGAUCGUGAAGGACGCACUGAAGACGGACACGGAGACGGCGAAGAAGAUCAUGGGAAUAGAUUCGCAAGAGAAUAGAGGACACAUCGUAAACGUGGGCAAACAUCUUCAGUCGAUUGUGCCAUCAUCACCGUCAAGAUCGGAGCAACGCCGCCAACCCGGCCGACAAGGAGGAGGAUCAUCCAACGCCCUCGAGGAAACCCUCUGCACCGCCAGAUUUAGCCAGAACAUCGACAGCCCUAAAAGAGCCGACAUCUACGACUCUCAGGCCGGCCGCCUCACCACCCUCAACAGCUUUACCCUCCCCGCCUUAAGCUUCGUCCGCCUCAGCGCCGCCCGCGGAUUCCUCAAUAAGAACUGGGGGCUGGUACCACAAUGGUGCAUCAACGCGCAUAGCUUCCUCUACGUCACAAAGGGCAGCGCACUAGUCGAGAUCGUGAACCAGAGAGGAGAAGCCAUCCUAAACGAUGAAGUCCGAGAAGGGCAACUGUUCCUCGUACCGCAGAACUUCGCGGUGGUGAAACAAGCCGGCGAUGAAGGGUUCGAGUGGGUGGAAUUCAGCACCAAUGAAAACGCCAUGUACAACACCUUCAGCGGCCGCGCCUCCACUCUCGCCGGGAUGCCGGCGGACAUUAUAGCCGCUUCUUACGACCUAUCCGAAUCCCAGGCUCAGAACCUGAAGGAAAACAUGUCUUCCCUUUGGUUUUACCAGGCUUCUUCCGGCAGCAGCUCACGGUCAUCAUCAUCUUCCGGCCGAUCUGCUUUCAUAUAAAAACUUCCGGAUCGGAAAACAUCUAUCGGAAUUCAAUAAACCGAGUACGGGUAUGGAUCGGAGCGGCAGCAUGCAAUUAUGGAUUUUAGAAUAACACAGGAAACUAUAUUAUUCCUCCCUCGCUCCUAACUAUGUAUACAAAUAAUCAAACAAAUAAAUAAAAUGCUGCCUUUCUGCACCUACUA